GAGGAGCUACAGCUGAUUUCAUUUCAUUUUCAUAUUCAGAAACAGUUCAAGUGUUUUCAUCGCGGCUGUGAAGGAUUCCUUACAAACCUUAGUGUCUGUGUGCAGAAGAAGAGCAGCAGCUCCAGAAAGAAGAUGCCUCCUACAGCCUCUGUGUGUCUAUUCAUACUCAUGUGUGUGUGCUGCGUGGAAAGAUGUGUGUGUUUCCCCAAUGGCUCUGUGGCAUUUUCCUGUGGCAACAUGAUGCCAGUACACCCUCCAUUCAGCCCUUCCACCAGUGACCCUCCAUUCACUCUGUCCACAUCUAGCGCCACCUACACGCCUGGUGGAGUCAUUACAGUGACAGUGGAGGUGAUGAAGAGCAGCUCCACUGAGUUCCAGGGUUUCCUGUUACAGGCCAGGAGCAGACAGGGAAAUGCUCUGCUGUGGCCUGUAGGAAAGUUCACCAACAUUGACACCACCCUGUUUACGGCACUCACCUGUCAAAACAUGAAGAACUCAACUGUUAGUCAGGCGUCAGCAGCCAAGAAGAAGAAGGUCCAGCUAACCUGGGAGGCUCCUCGCAACAGUGGCUCUGGCGAUAUCUACUUCAGUGCCACUCUGGUUCAGGACUACACAACAUUCUGGGUUCAACUCAACAGCAGUUCUCUGAGACUGGACAGCAAUGGAAACUCUGCAGCUGGAGUCAUCUCCUCCUCAGCUCUGCUCUUCAUCAACCUGUUGAGUCUAUCUGCCUACUGCUGACACACACACACACACACGUUAUCACUAGUAGUUUUCUUGUGAAAACAAGUCAUGGUUGCCCAUCA